AUGGAUGAUCAAGUGGUCCCGGCUCUCAGACGAGUUGCAGGAAUUGGGACCCUGUACGAUGCAAAAACAGAUAAGUUUCUGAAUGCUUCGAUUCUAUCUCCAGACUUGUCGAAUAAGUACGUGUCAACAAAGCAGACUCCUCAGGCAGAUGUCACCAUCUCCAGAUGCGCUUCGUAUGGAGAUGUAUUCAAUGACCUCCAUAUCGAUGAUGCCACUGCAGUCAACAUCCUCUCCGGCAUUCUUGAGCUCCAAGGCGCUGCAGUCUUUCUUCGUGACUUUGUGCCAAGCAAUGGAGCAGGGCGUGCGGCUGUCAUCCAUCAGGUUUCAACCAUGGUGCAAACACUGGUCAAUUUGACGGAGGCUUUCAACUCGAGCGGCAAUUCAGCGCCUCUGCAGACCAAUGAUUGCACUCAUGUGGUGAUUGGAAUCAAAUGGGGGUUGCGGACGAUUAUCGCAGCCAGCUGUCCCACGUCCAGUAAAUCAGGAAUGCCCGAAGGUGAAGAGGCGACCUUCAAUAGGGAUCUUGAGGUUUUGACAUCGUCCAUUGAGUCUGGCUAUAUCACGCCGCAAUCACCAUCUACGAUGGGCCCUGAAAUGGAACUCUGCAAUAAUCUCCUACUCUACAGCGAUGUUUUUGAAAAUGAAGGUCUGAUAAUGCAAGACGUGUCUGAAAUACGCGAUUUCAUACGCAUCGUGCCGGCCCAUAUUCGACAAGAAAGCGGCGGGAAGGGAUGGCCAAUCGCAUACACCAUGAUUCCCAUCAAGACGCUUUCGUAUCUUCUUCCCUUGCCAGAUGUGUUUCAGCACAGCCUGAAACCGGUGAGAAUGGAUUACCUUGCCGGCUUCGUACAGCUCUUCGACGAUUUAAGGACUGCCACUGUUGAGCUUCGAAGCUACUAUACCUAUCUGGCGAGUCACUUUAUGCAUGUGGCCAAAGAGCAUAUUAACGAGGUCUCACAUGCAAUCAACUACUUGGAUGGCAUUAAGAAGUGGGCAUCUAAUGAGCUUUCUCACCUCUUACUGGACGUGCGACAGGGGAAGAAAGACCAUUCGAUAUUAUUGGCUUUGUACCACGACAUCACCUUGACAGAGCCUACGCCAAAGCAACUCGCUGCUAUUGUCGGGCAAGAAACUGACAAGCUCGAAUUCAUCGCCAGUGCCGUUGCCCAGGGCUCAAACUACAUAGGCCACAAUGGGCUUUCCCUCGAGAUGGUGAAAAAAGCCCACAAAGAUACCGACUACUAUAUCUUUCACUUUGAUUCAGUCGCAAUGGACCAAAAGCAGGAAUGGAAUGACAAUUUUACCCUACUUCUGGAGCUACUUGGUCAACGAGAUGAUCGGAUGCCCGUCUACAUCAUGGACCAUGACGCAACAGACUCUCACAUGUGUCAAGGAAUGCCACGCAUCUCUCAGCACAAGGGUGAAACAGAGAGUAUCUUCGAUGUGCUUGUACAUCGCCAGUUCCUCUCUUCAUUGUGCUUCGCUCAAUGCUCUGGUGGCAACCUGGAUAAGAGCAAUCGCCAACGACCAGUCAAAAGACGCAUUGUGAAGAUACCUUGCCCAAGGCCGGGAUGCGCUCCCUGCCAUUUGGAAUGGACCUGCCCCCAAUGCUUCGCAGCAAUCGAAUACGGAUUCAGUGAUGACUUUUUCUACUGCGAUUGCGGGCGUGGUCUCUUCAGCUCGUACGAGUUCAAGUGCAAUAGCAUCAAACACGAUGCUGGCUAUAAGGCCUAUGAUGUGGUCGAGCUCCGCAAGCUUCUAGGUAAACUGAGCGAAGACAACUACAUCAAUAUCCUCAUCCUUGGGGAGACUGGAGUGGGGAAGUCGACAUUCAUCAACGCCUUUGUCAACUAUCUAUCUUAUUCCACCUUGGAUGAAGCGAAAGAAGCCAAAAAGCUCGCAUCUGUCAUUCCUUGUUCGUUCUCCCUCCAAACUAUGGAUAGGGAGAACUUGGCAACAGACAUUCAGGAACACAACGUCAAAGUUGGCGGGCGUGAUGAUGAAGUAGAUGGAUCGACGGGGAACUCGGCAACGCAAAAGUCGGCAGUUUAUCCAGUCGUUAUUGGAGCAAGAACGUAUCGUUUGAUCGAUACACCCGGCAUUGGAGAUACCAGAGGCCAUUCCUACGAUAAAGAGAACAUGGCUGAUAUCCUCAAAACUAUUAGCUCCUAUGACAAACUGCACGGUAUCCUGGUGCUGGUCAAGUCCAACAAUGCACGCCUCACCAUCACUUUCAAAUACUGCGUCAAAGAGCUCCUCACUCAUCUGCACCGGAGUGCGACCAAAAACAUGGCUUUUGGCUUCACCAACACUCGCAUCUCCAACUACACGCCGGGUGAUACAUUCAAGCCCCUCAAAACGUUGCUCGAUGAGCAUUCCGAUAUACCAAUCACGCUCUCCACGUCAACAACGUAUUGUUUCGACUCGGAGAGCUUCCGGUACCUUGCAGCUUAUAAGGAUGGUGUUCAGAUGGCCAACGAAGAAGAUUUCCGUCGAAGCUGGGACCACUCAAGCAAAGAGGCGCAUCGGCUGCUGAACUAUUUUGCAUCAACUCCGCCUCAUCCUGUCACCAGCACGUUGAGCUUGAACGGGGCACGCAAGCUGAUAAUGGAGUUGACAAAACCCAUGGCCAGCAUCUCCGAGUCCAUCCGGAAGAAUAUUCAACUGUGCGAAAAUAAAAAGAUGGAGCUGAAUGACACGCAGCUGACGGCGGCCAACCUUCGCAAGAGACUGCGCUUGGAGAAAAUUCAGUUCAAGGCUACCAAAUUGGACCGACCUCGCACCGUUUGCAAAAACCCCGAUUGUUGUGACUUCAAAGACAGUGGUCUUGAUGACGGCGUGGUUGUCACCAUCUACAAAACGCACUGCCACCCUGUGUGCUAUCUUGACAAUGUCAAAGAAGAUACCGUCGCCGACCCUGGUCUCAUCAGAUGUGCAGCUUUUAAACGUACAAGCAAUUGCUUACUUUGUCGCCACCGCUGGCAAGAGCACCUACACAUUCUCUAUGAACUAUCCGAGGUCAAAGUUCAGGUCACAGAUACCGAGAUAGAGAGGCAACUGAAGGCCAAGGGAGACGACAUGACGUUGCGCCAAACAUUUAUCGCCCGACUGGACCAGGAUAUCAAGGAGUACAACGAGGAACUCGACGAGAUUCGACGUGCUGCCGCUCGCUUCUGUCUUUUCUUGAGACAAAUCGCCAUCUCCGUCAUCAACGAUGCAACGCUGGACUACCUUGACAUGCUCAUCCAGGACGAGGCGAGCGUCAUCGAAGCUGGCCGACAGCGAGGCCUUUUCAUGGGCCCAAACAAGAAGCGGCUCCAGGCACUGAAAGAUGACAGACGGAUUCAUCUGGAGCUGGUAGAGACGUUCAAGCAGAACAUGAAUGAUCCUACCUGUCCCGAGGACGCGCUUCUAGAUGAGCAGGGAGUCGGAGCGUUGGUGGAGAAGCUGUACAAGCUGAAGCAUUUCGGCGCCAACCUGGAGCAUAUCAAAUAUGUCAUAGGCUCCUCGAUCGAACACACGUAUCGUGAACGGCCAUAUCGCGUGCCAAUUGUCAGCUCUCGCAAACGCAAUGCGAGUAACACCAAAGGCGAAGCGGUUUCUCAUCAAGCGACAAAAGCAUCGAAGAAGAAACUUGCUCACCGGUCGUCUUAUUCAAUUAAUGGAGAUGACAGAGUGAGAACAGAGAAAAGCGAUGGAGGCUUAAGACCCGUGCAUGGUUCUGCGAACGCAUCACAAAAAGUUACUUAUGCUGAAGCGGCGGGAUCGAGUUAUUUGCGCAAAGAUGAAAACGUAUCUAAACCAAUUUUCGGCAUCUUCAGGCUGCCUUGGAGAAGUUACGGGGAAUAG